UGACUGGUUGACCAGUUUCAUCUCCUUCUUUACAGGAUGUUGUCGUCUCCAUCCACCACCUCUGUCGCCGCCUCCCAGUCCUCCGUUCCUGCUCCUUCCCGCCAUCUUGCAUUGGAAACCUACUGGAGGGAGGUAGAUAGCAUUAAGGAGGAGAGGGAGGGAGAGGAGGAGGAGGAGGAGGAGGAAGAUGAGAGGAAGAGUGUGGAUGAGGUGGAGAUGGAGGAGGCGUGGCUGACAGGGGCGGGGCUAUCGUCCCUAGUGACGGGUUCCUCAGAGGAGGAGGAGCUGCCAGCAGAGGCACUGAUGUCCACACUGACUCACCAGCAGGUGGCGACAGUGAGGAGGAGGCUGGACAACUACAACGAGACGCUGAGGAAGAAGAACAGGCAGCCAAUCAGAGACGUCCGAGACAUCUUCACAGAGUCAGAGGAUGACUCAGCAGACAGAGGCUCCUCCCCUUCCUCUCACCGCUCCGAGUCACCAAGACGAUAUCACACGUCCACAAAGACAAUUCACCGCAACACUCACAGAGCUCGCCCCUCCCUCCCAUCUUUACGAUGUGACGGUCAACACUCUGAACACACACUAAGCCUACCCCCUCCUGUCACUCUGUCAGCUGAUUGGCUCCUGCGAGACUCUCCAUACUCAGAGGGUGUGGCUGAGCACAAAAAGGACGGGGCUUGUUGGGACUGUCUGCAUUUCCAAGGUGAUGACAAUAGUGAUGUCGUCACGUUUGUACCUGUCUCACCCUCCCAGGGUCUCACCUGCACUGAUGACCUGUCGUCAUGUGACCUCACUCAGCUUGGCUUCUUUGCUCACAUUGAGCUCUCCACCUUCCUGCUUGCCCUUGGCGUUCAAACCAAACAGACACGCCCACCUCGCCACAGGAGGAGGGACGCUGGAGUGUUUGGACGUCCUCUGAAGUUACUUUUACACAACGACAGGAAAACAUUUCCUGGACUCAAAGUCCCAGUCGUCUUUCAGAGGUUGUUGUCUAUCUUAGAACACACUGGUCUACAGACUGAGGGGAUUCUGAGGGUUUCAGGAUCAGCAGCAAGAUUAAAGUACCUGCGCAGAGAGAUAGACAGGUGUGGAGAAGUGAUGGACUGGUCAACAGUGAAACAGGUGGAAGCUGCAGGACUGCUGAAGCUUUUCAUCAGAGAAUUGGACACACCUUUACUGACACACACACACCUGAGCUACUACAGAGCAGUGCUGAAAGUGUCCUCUGUCCUUCAUCAGGUUCAGACUCUUCAUCUUCUCACUUUGUUACUUCCUGAAGAAAACAGAGACACACUGCAAGCCCUGCUGGUCUUCCUGCGUAAGGUGGUCUCUUAUCAGGACCAGAACCGCAUGUCUCUGUGGAACGUCUCCAUGGUGAUGGCACCAAACCUGUUCACCUGUCGUCACAGCAACAGCAAGCACUCUGUCGCUAAGCAACAGGAGGAGCUGGAGGAGGCGCUGGGCGGGGCUCACUUGGUUCAGCUGAUGAUAACUCACCAGGACCUGCUGUGGACCGUCCCCAAGUUCCUGCUGUCUCAGGUGAGACAGGUGAACCAGGUGUCCAAUCAGAAACCCUUUGGACUGAUGAGAGCCAAGAGGCGACUUCUGAGGAAGAAGACUGACAAGAACCACACAGACCAGAUCACAGAGCUGUGUGAAGGUGUCAUCAGGGUUCACGCCCCCUUACACACCAAGGUUUCCAUGGCGAUACAACUUGAUGACCGAACAAGAGCGAAAGACAUCACUGCACGCUUUGAGUGUGAGAACAGUCCUGUUCAGUGUCUGUAUGAAGUUGGAGGGAACAUAUGUGAGCGUCGUCUUCAUCCAGAAUGCAUCUUAUUGGACGUCCACAGAGUCAAUCCUCACUGUGACUGGCUGAUCAAACCCUGACAGACAGCUUCCUGUCUCAACACCUACAUCUCAACCUGGAUCCUGUCUCACAUCGUGCCUUACCUCCUGUCUCACCAUAUGACUGUGAUGUCAUGUCCUGUCAGAUGAUGCAAACAACACAAAGAGUUUUCUUUC